AGGUAUGAACUUCCUGGAAUUCAUGGAUUAAACUUUGUUCUGAGAAAGUCUCUUGGAGGUGGAGGCAUUGCAUCUCUAAGGAGUGAUCCACAAGGCAAGGCAUUUGGUCAGAUGCUUUUGGAUGUUGUUGUAAAAGAUGUCCCAGACCUGAAGUCUCUGAUUGAGUAAAAACUGACAUUUGAAACCUGUUUAAGGAGCAUCAGCUGAAGUUUACCACUAUGAAGUUUAAAGCUAGUUGGAAAGUCCUGCACUUUUAUGGACUCCUUUCAUCUGAUACAUGAGGCAUGAUUAGAGAUGAAAUUAUGUAAAAGAAGUGCAAUGCUGUAAUGUGUGUUUUUUAACUUUUUACCAAAAAUACUAACUACACAUGUUUUGUCUGAUAAUAAUUAUGCAGAUCUCAUGAAAUUGCUAUCUGAUGACUUUUUAUCAAUUAGCAGAUUAACAUUGUGUCAUAAAUGUGUUAUAAAACUGUGGUACAACAAGACUUCUUUAACCAGUGGCCUUAUAAUGCCUUACAUGUCACCAUGCCUGUUGACAUAACAGUUUACUUUUUCACUUCACACUACCACGGCUUCUUUUUUAUGAGGGUCCAUAUAGAAUCACAGUUUAUCUUUACAGAGAAGUGGGUUUGAUCGACCACACAACAGAUGUAUCAUUUAGUCCUCAUGCGAUUAAACUGCAUUCAUAAACAUAUCAUACUAUGUAUGCUUUUCCUUGUUUUACAGUUAUUUUGCCACAUUAUGCCCCUUCUAGUUACCCUUCAGCAUGGUGCUCUUAACUUCCUUCAGUGAAUGUCGAAGUCUGCCCCUGAACUGGGACACAAAACAUUUCCCGCCAGUUGAUGGACAUUUUGAGAUUUGAGAGAAGUAGCUUAACUAGUCACUGAGUUAUGUCUGGGAAGCAUCAAAAGAGGCCCCCCUGGAUUUUGUCCCCCUGAGAGUUUCUAGGAACAUUCAGUGAUGCUUAGAAUCUGUUCAUAUGAGACAGUCUCAGUGCCAUUGCAUGGGUGAUAUGAUGAGCAUUUCCUAAAGGUUACUGUUGGCUGGAUGUAACUCCUCCCUCUGCCUAAGAAAUUAGGCAUGUAGGUGUAUGCUGUGUCCUGUACUUAAACACUGCAUGAUAACCCCUGUACAUUUGUGAACUCAGCUCACCAGCUUUUCUAUCUGAUAUUUAAUGCAGCCAUGUUACAUGUAUCACAGUUAGCUAACUAUAGGUUUUGUGUAGACAAUAAGAUCAUAUCAUUUCAUAUGUACUAAUGGCGCUGCUUAAAGUUGUCUCACUUUCUGAGUGUGGGGGGAAUGAAUUUAUUUUCAGGAAAAGCAUUUUUGUUGAUCCAAACAAUAUAUAUUUGUUAAUAUUAGUCUCUGCACACAUAUACACACACACACACACACACACACACACACACACACACACACACACACACACACAUAACUGUAAAAGCAGUUGCAUUUCUGCACACUUGUAUAGUGGUGUGACAUUGUAGUAUUUUAACCCAUCGUGAGUGUGUUUUGCAGAGAAAAAUAUUUACAUGUUUGCACGUUCCAUGGAGUAUCACUGCCCAUGCUCUUUAUGCAGAGCUAUUUAAUGUUCUGUAUAUAUUUUCAAUUGAAUUUACUUUUCUUACUACAAAUCAGAGGCAUAUCUCACCAUGAAGCUGAUAGGAUAUGGUGACUAAAAAUCUACAGAUGUGAACAUUAGUCAUCAUUAUUUUAAUUAUUUAAAUCAUUUAAAUAAUACUUUCACAAAAGAAGGUAUCAUAAUAGCUGCUAGCAGUGAACAAAUUAAUUGAUGUUCAUCAUUAGAUCACUUUUGCAGUAGCUUUUAGCUGUGUGGGAAUUAUACUGACAAGGAUAGACAUCCAGCCAAGUCUAUAAAAGCUUUCAGCAUCUUCUUCAUACGCCGUGCAUCUACCCAAAAAGCGAGUGUGUUGAUAUAAGGAGGUAUUGGCAUGCCAAAAUUCAGAACUUUCUUGCUGUUGGUAUACUUAAUGAAAUGUGUCAUCAACUUGACAGCUUCAGUAUUUACAUUCGGCUUUCAUCUGUAGUUUUUGGGCUGAUAAUUGCUCUCUUAGGGGGCCUUCCUUUUUUUCUAUAGAAAAGUUAUUUCAACUGCUCCAUGUAUCUCUAAGGAAAGACAAAUGUGUAUGUUUUAAGCAACUAACUUAUAAAGACAACUACACGGCCUGCAUUUUCUGAGCAGGGGGAACAGUGUCAGGGCUUGUGAUGUUCUUUACACCUAGAAUAGCAAUAACUUGGCUGAAUUCUCUGAGACUUUUUUUUUUUUUUGAGAGCUGAUGUCUUAAAGAUUUGACUUUCAUAAUUAUGGCUUCUGACUCUUCUUCAAAGGAUCUCACACCUUCAUGUAAAGAAAAAGAAAAAAAUUAUCAAAUGAGGUUUCUGAAAAUACUCAUUCAUCUGUCCCUUUUAAGCUCUCUGGGACAGACAGUUCCACUGAGGUAAUUUCAUAACCCCAGGACCAUCAGUCUAAUUUACCUGGCCCCUCUGAUGAUUCUACAUAGGAAGCCGCUAAUGCCCAAUAACAGUGCAGGUCUAGUCAGAUUGGACUUCAGGCACUCUUAUCCUAGAAUGGAAGGGAGAACCUCACUUUAUUCUUACUGAGAGAGGAAGGAAUCCACCAGUCCUUAUGAGAAAAGAUGUCACCAAGUCAUUCAUGGAAAUCCAGAUGUCUGAGUCCUCUAAAACAAUCAGGCAAGAGACCCUUAAGAAAAAUGUCUGAGAAAAUUAAACAUUUGUUGCCCUCCCCCGUUUGUACACCUUCCAGUCUGAAGGGCUCCCAAGGUAAUAUGUAGAACCACUGAAAAAAAUCAUAAGUAAACAUGCUGCAAGAUUUCAGUUAGUAUUUCAGUAAGAAGAGUACCUACCUGUACAAUGUCAUAACAUCAUGUAGUAUAAUGUUGCUCUAGCGAAAAUAAUAUAGAAACAACAAUGUAUUUGCAGUACAUACUAUUGACGGACAUGGAGGAGAUGAGAAGAAGAAUAAAAAAGAAGGCUGGGUGGGAGAAACAAGGGGGAAGUGGACAGUUAUCACCUCCCCAAGUUCAGGAGACCUGGGCAGUACUACAGGAGUUUGAGAGCAUGUCAUUGGUAAGCUAGGUUGCACCCACCUGAUGAAGCACCAUGUAGACAAGGACCCAGCGGCCUAUCAAAUAAGCUCCUUAUAGUGUGCCUAAACAAGUUAAGCAGAUAUCAAGAGUGAAACUAGAGGAAAUGUUGGAUCUGAGGGUAAUCCAGCAGUCCAGUAGUUUACUUCUGUUUUAACAUGUCUUGUGACAAAAUAUAAGCAUAGACUGCUGAGAGGCAAUCUAUGGCUGGCUUACAAAGCAUCCUCUGACCCUGCUGUGAUGGACCUGUUGCAUCUGCAAAACAGAUAGCAUCAGAAUUAGAAAUAACAACUGAAGCACAUUCUAAACAUGCUUAGAAGCACAUGUUUAAUAAAAUAGACUUAGUGUCUCAGCCAAGAAGCCUUCCAAGAGUAAAAAAGCAGUGACACUGAAUCAUUUAAAUAUUAAAUCUAACCCAAUUAAACACUGAAUUAAAUAAUUAAUUAAAUAACAUAUUUCCAGUUGCACUUCUUGUUGAGACCAUAUGGUUCCAAAGUAUUAUAUUUUAGAAUAAAUAGAGUUUCUUUUUGUAAUAGCUUAGUCUUAACAUCAGCACAUUCACCUAAAACAAAGUUAACUUUUUCCAACACACAUCUCUUCAAGCAAUCUGGCUUAGUAUCAUCAAAGUCUGCAAAAUGUGCACGCAAUGGGCUACCUAAUUUUUUAUUUUUAAAGUCUCUAAUAUGUUCUUGAAACCAUAUUUUAAAAGGUCGACCUGUUUCAUUAAUAUAAAAUAACCCACAAGCACAUUUAAGUGCAUAUAUAACUUCUACAGUAUUACAUGUACAUUUACCAUUCAGAUAAAAUUUAAUACCAUUUAUAUCAGGAAAGUACCUUAUAACAUGUUUACAAAUAGAACAAUUAUUACAAGCAAAAGUGCCCAUUUUUUAAAUACAAUUUUAUUGAUUUUGAUUAUAACGAACAUAUAAGCAGUCACAUAGAAGUGUAUAAGAUAAUAUCAGUUACAAAUUUAAGAAUUAAUAAACAUUUAUCACAUUUAAAUAUGAAUAUAAAAUUAACAAAAUCAUAUAAACUAAAGUAUAUACAAAGACAUCUAGUAUUUGUACUUUAGAAUACACUGUAAUCCUCAGUUUGUAGCUUAUUUCACAGAUGAAAAGAGGAAAGUCAAUUGCAUUUAUGAAGGAGGUUCAUUCUUUUCCAACAUGUUUUGCACAUUAACUCACAAAUGAUGUUCAUAUGUUCUACUAGUUCUAGAAAUUGUAGUUUUUAUCUGUAGAUGACAUACAUUGUUUAAUGUAUUAGUAAACUCAGAAAAUGUAGGAGGAUUAAAAAGUACCCAUUUUUAAGGGAACAUUGUCAGGUAAAGUGGGUUCUGAUGGUAAGAAAUGAUUAUGUACCACCAUAUUAGCUAGAUUCCUACAUCUUUUAUAUGAUAUAUUUACAUGAUUCUGAAGUAUUCUUGCUAACCCUUUAUCCCUAAAUAACAUAGGCCAAUGAUAUUUCACUUCCUUGAUUACUUGCUCAGUCAAAACAUUAUAUGAUGUGACAAAAUACAUUUCUUUCCUAUUACUACUAUUUUUAUGCUGAUUCCUUAUAACAUUUACCUCUAAAGGCAAAUAAUAGAUAUUUUUACUAGAGGUAGGUGUACCAAAAUGUUUUUCAAAAACUUUUAGCCUAGAGUUCAGUACUACCUCCCUGUCAUAUCCUCUUCUAAUGAACAUAUCAGACAUAUACUGUAUUUCAGUCUCAAAAUUACUGUCUAGACUACAUCAUUUAUUAAUACAAAAAAAUUCAUUAUACAGUAACAUAGACAAAUGUGAAGGAUGGGAGCUCGUCCAUAAAGAAACAGAUUACCACUAUUCUGUUUUAUAUGUAUAGUUGUACAUAUACUUUAGCUUUUAAAUCAAUAUGUAAGAAAGUAACCUGCCUUCCUAUAUGUAUCCCAUCAAACUCUAGGUCAAAGUUAUUUAUCUGUAUAUCUUGUCUAAAAGGUCAAGCCUCAUCAAUGUUGCCAUCGCAUAGAAAAAUUAAGUCAUCAAUGUAUCUAAAAUACUUAACUACCUGUGUUUGAAAAAAGAAUGAUUAUGUAUGUAGUCAGUCUCAAACUUGGCCAUUACAAUAUUGACAUACAUGGGGCAAAAGCUGGCCCUGUAAUUGAUGAUACAUUUCUCCAUUGAAUACAAAAUAAUUGUUCUUGAGACAAAAAAACAAAAAGUUCUAUAAAAUAGUAUGACACAGGAGUGUCACCCAAGAAAUAGAACAAAGCUUGUAUUCCUACAUCAGGUUUGAUAUUAGUGUAAAGGCUUUUUACAUCUAAGCUCAACCAAUACAUCGUAUCUUUCCAAACAAUGCUCUUAAUGUUAUCUAAAAAUCCUGACUAUCCCUAAUAUAAGAAGGAAUCUUAAACACAUAUGGUUUUAAAAAUUCAUGUAAAAAUGCACAUAUUCUUUAAAAAGUAUUUUUGUGCAGCAACAGUAGGUCAGCCACUUAUAUUAUCAACAACCUUGUGUGUCUUAGGCAAACAAUAAAACAAUGCAAUGCAUGUAUUAGCAGUACUACAUUUUUUAUCUACAUCAAAUUUAGAAAAAUAUCCUAAACAUAAACCUUUUUUAAGCAAAACCAGAUAUCUUUCCAUAGCUGCAUAAUACCUAUUCACAUCACAUUUUUUAUAAACAUCAAAAUUAUUUAGAUGUGAGUAGCACAUCCCAGCAUACUGUACAUGAUUCAUAAUCACAAUCUGAUUUCCUUUAUCAGCUGGUUUACCACUACUCUCCUAUCUUCACAUAAUUUUAUAAAGGCACACCAUUGUUCUAUAUCUAAAUUAUACUGUAUGUUUGAUUUGUUUCUCAAGAACACAUCGAACAAACUUUCUACAUGAUAAUUUAAAACAGAAACAAAACUUUGAAUCUUUUCAUUUACAUAUGGUGAUAUGAACAUUGUCACAUUUAAUUUUGCUGUUAUCAAAACUACUUAUUGCAUUAUUUAAUUCAUCCACCAAACAUUCCUCAUCUGACACGCAAGAAUAAAAAGAUAUUUCAAUACUAUCAUCAACCUCUAUUAUCACAUCAUUAUUAUUUUGAAAUAGUCCAAAAGAUGUAGUUUCCUGCCAAGACGAAACAGUUCACAUUUAAGAACAUGUAGUCGUGGUAAUACUGUUGGGAUGAAUUUCAAACCCAAAUUCAGCACUGAAAUAACUACUUCUGAGAUGUCUGUGGUCAACAAAUUAAGUACUAAAGAAUCAGUUGAAGACAAAGUUUGUUUACAAUUACUAAAACCAUCUAGCCUUUUUUUUGUGCUUUUUUCCAGACCGAUUUCUAUCAGAAUUUUUCUUAUUCUGUCCCUAGUCAUUUUUACCCCUUUUCUUACCUGAUGUGAAUAUCCUGAGGAAAUUUCAUUCCGAAACCAUUUGUUGUGUUCCACUGGGUUCUGGGCUGCAGGCAGUGGUGGCUAGCCCUCCGUUUCACUAUCUCCUUCUGUAAUUGUCUCCAUUUCAUCAGACGUUUCAAAAGAAACAGAAGCAGUCUUAUGACCUUUGUUUCCCAAACGUGAUGACAUCAUUACAUUAGAUUUGCAUUUCCAUAGAAGAACUCUGUCGAAGUAUACUCUUUCAAGUCUCUAUUUAUCUUGUUCUUUUUUGUAUCCACCAGUUCCAUUUCAUAGUCUUGCAAUUUGUUGUUAAUCGCUGUUAACAGCCCAUCCACUUGUGAAGCAUUUAAUUGUUUGUGCAAUUCAGCACUAAUGGCAAGCACUUCUUCCUUAAUCCAUUUAUGUUUCAAUAGGUUUCUUUCAACCAAUAUACACAUCCAUGGAGCACUGGUGUUUUGCUGUUACCCAUCGCUUUUUAAAUUUAUCCUCCUCAUUAUGUGGGUCAAAAGGGGUAGUAGGGGUUUUAAAUGCUCUCAGUCCACGAGAAGUAAUGUUAAGUUCCAAAAAUGUUCAAGUGGACAUUAGUUUCUUUGAACAACAGGCUUUCCAAUUUAUCAUAUAAUUCCUGUAAUUCACCAGGAUGCAUCACAGUACCUAUUGAACCCAUGGAGAUGAAUGGAUUAUCAAAACGUUGAUUCCCUUCUGAUAUGUAUUUCUCCCAAACAUUAGUCAAAGCAUCUGUUGUUCUUGAAGCUCAUUCAUUCACUUGAAAUAUAUACUGUUCCAUUGAGAGUUGAGUGCCAUCUACAUUAUCCUCUCAAAAAAUUCAAGGUAUGUUGUUAGAUGGGUCUGUAGCCAUAAAAACCGUAAAUAAAAAAAACCACAGAAAAGAGAUAAAAUAAAAAUAACAACUGGCAAUGGACUUAGAAACACAGAAUCAUCAGAAUUACCCCAUCUAGGGACCUAAACCUUGUGUGCAACAUAAGUAGAACAUGUUGACAGGAUAGGUAUGCGUCUCAGAGACCACUCCUUCUGUGAAACAGGCUUCCUUUCCAUGUAAAGCAGAGUUCUUCUCUAUUUUCAGGUGUAACUUGGACCAUGAAUGGGAAAUGGGAAAUUUAACCCUUGUCUAACCACCCUUGCCCAAGCCUACAUAUACCCCUUAAAAUAAUCCUAGACUAGACUUAAAAUGGUCCCCUGAGUUUAUUAUCCAAAUAAUCACAUAUGAACCUAUAUUAUUUUAUUUUUUAAGACAAAGUAGUAGUAUGUAUUCCCAAUACCUAAUAUGAAUAAGUCUUAAGUCCAGUAAGCCAGCAGGUAGGGAGGGAGGAAGACAUGGAGUGAUAGGUGGGAAUUCCGCUGAGGGUCCCCUUUAAAAUGGUGAAAUUAGGCAUUCUGCAAAUGAAGAAAUAUUUUUCUCUGGUAUAAUUUCUAUGAUGAAAGAGUUCUUUAAGUUGGAAGGAAGGAGAAUUUGAGCCUCAAAAAAAAUAUUAUGAGUUGCUCAAUAUGGACUUCCCAAAGCCCUUAACUAUCCCUCCAGUUCUGGAAGCUUUGGAAGAUGCUUUCAGUGUUACUACUUAUUCUCUUAAUUCACACCCCAUUGCUUAAGGAAACUAGAGAUACUUUAUAAGGGCCAAACUCUCAUAAAUUUAUUUUAAGAAACUCUUUUGCUGACCCAGAUGUUAUUUCUGUGGAUAGGGACAGUGGUUCAAAACCCUUUUCUUCAUCUAACCCUUUCCCUAAUGAAAAAGAUAUCAGGGUCGUACACUGGUAUGGGAAGAUGGUUUAUGCAUAUUCCAUGUUGGCUUUUGGAGCUAUUAACUGGAAGAGACAAAUGGCAAAAUAUUUGCUUUCUAUCUUUGCUGCGUUGUAGCAGUCUUCUAUUAAUAGCCUGCAUACUUCAAAUACUAAAUCCAGUUUGUUAAAUAUGAUUAGUUCUGCACCUAAGUUACCAAGUACUCUCUAAAAUGUGUAUAUGAUGCUGUGGAUGCUGUUUCCAGAGCUCCUGUUACAGGAAUCGUGAUGCACAGGAAUGCCUAAUCAGAUGCAAGAAUUUCCAAAAUCUGUUAAGACCUGUAUUUUAAAUGCCUUCGGAAGAAAAACUAACUUUUUGGGAAUGUUUCCGCUGAAGUACGUAAAAAGAUAGAGGAGAGAAGAAAACAGAUGUGUGGUGUCAAUAACUCUUUAUGUCCCUUGCCUCUAAGUACCAAAGGAAUUAACCUUCCAGUCUUGGCCUUUCUUUUGUAAACCCCUGCCUUUACAAGAAUUGAGGCAGUGAUUUGACCCAAUCAUUUUUGUGAAUACCCUUUGUAAAUAGGUUUGUAUUUUUUUCUCUCUCUCCCUUUUUGUUUAUUUCUUCGAUGCUCAUAUCUCUUUUUCUCCAAUCCUAAGUUAAACAUCAGUCCAAAUGCAUUUAUUACUAAUUUAUUUAAUGUAUUGUGAUUUUAAUUAAUACUUCACCCAUCAAUAUUAUUAGUUAUGUUUUUUCUUUCAGUCUUUUUAUGUAUUUGUACAUUGUAAUCCAUGGUUUUGUAUAAUCUUCUUAAGAUAUUGUACAAUGUUUCUUUUUUUUUUGGAAAUUUUCUACUUGGACCUUCACUGAAUAGGGUCUUGCAAGGCCAGUCAAAUGCAAUAAUUGACAUAUAAAUAAAAAUAAAAACAGAAAACGUCUACACCUUCUUUCACAAAAACUUUUCUUUCAUAAGAAAAAUGCUAACUACCUUGAACCUCUUCCCUCCCCACCUCAGCCACCAGGUAAUAUUUCCCACUUUUUACAUUUCUGGAGAGAAAUGACAUCAGAUACUUAGCUACUGAAAAUAAUUCAACACCCCUGUGAUUUUCAGUGGUUAGCUCUUCUACUUCAGUCAGGGAUUCCUCUGCCCCAAAUAACCAAACUCGCUUUUCCCCAAGUUCUAAUAGAUGUGUUGUCCCAAGAAGCAGUCAAACUUAUUCCUCCUUCCUAAUAGGGAAAAGGCUUCUAUUCAAGGAGUUUUCUAGAACCCAAGAAUGAAGGCAGCUGGACAAUUUUAGACUUUUCAGUCUUAAAUACCUUUCUCCUAGUCCCAAAGUUCAAAAUGUUAAAUCUGCAGACUGUUUUUCCUCUUACCCCUGCCCCCCUGACCUACUUUGCCACUCUGGACCUAAAGGGUGCUUGUCUUCACAUCCCAGUUGACAAAGACCACAGAUGUUAUCUAAGAUACGAUGCUUUGAGGUUGCACUUUCAGUUUAUAUCAGUUUGCAUCUUCGCCCUUUGGUCUCCCUAAUGCUCCAAGGAUAUUCACAGAAUGAUUGGCUGAACUCAUUGCCUCAGUUCCUAAAUCUAGCUCACUUGAGCAGUUUCUUAGCUAGAGCAUUCCUCAGUAUUCUUGGUCAUGUAGCUUUAUACAGCCUUAUGCUUCCUUUAGCCAGAUUUCACGUGAGGAAAAUUCAGUGGUUUCUCAAAUCUUUUGGGAUCCAGUACCAACAUUCUUUGUCUUUCUCCAUUCCUAGGCUUCAUCAAGUCCAAAAGAAUCCAUGUCUCCCUCUUUCUCACCUCUUUCCUAUUCAGUCAGUCAUAACAGAACCUUGUAUUUUGCAUAGGAGGGUGCAUUUGUCAAGCUAUAAAAAUCCGGGACAUGCAGGAGCUUCAUUUCAGCAUAAACAAAUAAACAUCAGAGAAAUUAUAGCCCUGAUAAAGCUAAUCAAAGCAAUGCAUCAGCUGUGGAUACCAGGACCACUGUUAGUUAUAAGAGACAUCACAACAUUUUAUGUGGUACAUAAACAAACAAGGAGGAACAAGGUCCUUCUCCCUGUGCAGACUAGCCAUGAUAGUCUGGAAGUGGGCAUCUCACUGCAGUCUCUCUCUACAAGCAACUUAUAUUCUGUCAGACCAGAACACAGUAGCAAACUCACUGAGCAGAUCCAGGACAGACCCUCAUUAGGGGAUUUUACACCUAGAGAUCUUCCAACAGAUUUUACACCUAUAGGGAAUGCCCCAAGUAGAUCUGUUUGCUUGAUAUCACAGCAGACAGUUAAAAUAGGCCUGGAAAACAGAUGCCUUUUCUUUCCCAUGCACUUAUAUGUUCCUUUAUGCCUUCCCCCUUUCGUCUGAUACCCCAGUCAUACUAAAGAUAAAGAAGGAGUUUCCAAAGAUACUUCUUGUGAACCCCUUUUGAUCCUGGCAUUGAUCCUGGCAACUUUUUUCUCCCUUCUCAUGCCCUUAGCCAGGGCCAACAACCAAAACAUUCCUCACAGAGUGGAACUCACACAGGACAAGGGAUCCCUCAUACACUCUAACAUUCUCAACCUCAAUCCAACUGUAUGAAUUGUAGGUUUUUGAUCCACUUUUGACACCUCCUGUCAGUGACCAUUCAGCAGGUUUUAAAAAGUAACAGGAAAUCAUAUAUAGUCAUAUGGAAGAGAUUUUCUAGUUGGUGCCUUGAUAGAGACCAGGCUCCAACCCAUGUAGGGGCUCUGGGUGGUUCUCCAGUACCUUCGUGAAUUGCUCAAAUCAGCCCUGUCUUACUAUUUAAUCAAAGUGCAUCUUUCAGCCAUUUCUGCUUGUCUGCCUUUGGAGCUGAAACCCCUUUGCUCUCCAUUCCAAGUCAAACAUUUCUUAUAGGUUCAUAGCUAGAUACUAGGUCAUCAGUCUGCAGAAUAUUUACAAGUUUAGACAAUAAACAGAAUCAAACCCUGUACCUUGUAUCUAUGAGGUAAAGACCGUGACCAUUAUGCAAACCACUACACCUUGAAAGGGGGUUUGCAUAUUAGACCAUCUAAAAACAGAGAUCUAUUUCCUGGGAUCUUAAUUUUGGGUUGGAGAAGCUUACCCUGUCACCCUUUGAACCAGACUGCUUCAUUUAUUUCUCGGAUUUCAAGCAGAUGAGUAUCUGAGAUGUAAGCCCUGAUGUCUUGUCAACUCUUGGAUUUUCCAUAUGGACAGCAUGAAUCUUAAAACCAGUCCUACCUUCAUUGCCAAAGUUUUUUCUGAGUUUACCUUGAACCAAGCUAUUCAUAUCUCUGUGUUCGUCCCUGAGCUUAAAAGCAGUGGAGAGAGAGAGAGAGAGAAUUCUUUAUACCUUAUAUGUCUGCAUGCAACUCAGAUAUUACCAGGACAAGACUACAGAUUUCAGAAUGUUGAACCAACUUUUUAUUUCCUUUGAUGGUGAGGAUAAAGGGACAGCCCAUUUCCAAACAAAAGGUCCCUCUUAGAAUUUUAAGGCUCACUCUACCAAAUUUAUAACUAAUUCUGGGUCAUUUGGAAUGGGGUGGACUCUAUUCUAGAGGCAGCUACUUGGUCAUCAGUACAUACUUUCUCUAAACACUCUAAAACUGUCUUGUUUCCCAGACCUGAAAUAAGUUUUUACUAAAGAUAUUCUCCAUGAUUUGCUGGAAUCUGACCCGUUUCCUCCUCCAUUGCUUCCUAAACUUUGGCAAUCGUCCCUUAUAGCUAGAAGCUACUGCAUCUGUGAGCUAAUGAUGAACAUAGUACAGUUGUGAAAGCUAACUUGCUGUAAGAGUACAUGUCUGAAAAAGCAACUGUUGCUAUUCCCUUGGCCAGGGUAGGGUCCAUGUCACAUUUUCCUACUUCACUUAUUUAUCUAGAGCGUUAGGCCUCAGGCUGGCUCUGAAUUGUUGGUGUUUCUAUAUUUCCUUCUGAAAUCAACAUGCUCAUGUGCUCUGGGUAGAAGCACAGUAGGAAAACAUGGCAUCCCAAGCUUUUGUAGACUGGUUGGACUUCAUCUUUGGCAGGAUAUAUCUCCUAUAGCUAAAUGCUGAGGCAAUGGUCAUCUGUUUAAAGAUUUGCUGCCAUGGGAAGUUAACUUACACAACUAUACUUUCCUCAACAUCCGUAUGUUUUGUAUGUGUAUAAGGUUAGUCAAUACACAUGUAAUUUAUCUUCACUGCCCUUGAUUUUUGCAAUAAUUAUGCAUAAUGCAUCAAGUAUUGUAAGUGAAUAUGCACAGAAUUCAUUCAGAUCAUAGUUUUUUGACAAUAUAACACAAUUUGUAUAUGGUUAUUACAACAUUUUGGUACGAUUAUUACUAAUAAAAUGUUUAUUUUACU